GCUAAAAUCAUGCCGAAAUGUCCUGAUUAUGAUCCGGACAAAGUGUUCCAAAGAUUCAAAGUGCUGGAGUUCCCUCCAUCAUUUGUUGGACUGUCCACUACACAGCUUCUGGAUGUAGAAGUAGAUCUUAACAAAUCGGCAUACCUCAAAACAAAGUGCGAAGGCCGCCUAGUGAAAUUUGAUGAUGCACGCCAAUUAUCUGCCAAUCAUAGAGCCUACAAUUUAGAACUUGAAAAUGAAACAACCAUAAAAGUUACAUUUGAGCCCAAAAAUGAUUGUAUUGCCAAAGCAAAACAUACAUUGCAAUUAGGCAAUAGAUUUGUUUUUGACCUACGUUUAAUACAAGUAGAUGCAGUAAGAUGUUGUAACCUUGAAGACCACUCAGAAAUUGGAAGAUAUUAUAUUAGUGGACAUUACGAAAUAUGUAAAAUUUCACAUUCUCCAAAAGUUGUGAACUUUGGUGACAUUGCAAUGAACAAUAAAGUUACUAGACACCUACGUAUACGAAACGAAUCCAAAUUAAUUGCUGCUAAAAUGUGGAUUGAGAGAUUAACGUGUUUUGAAUUUCACCCUAUGAAAUUCACAAUACCCCCUAAUUCAUCUAUAAAAAUAACGAUAUCAGUAAAACCUGCUAGUUUUAAUAUUGCAAAAUCAUUUACUUUCAAAAUAAGAAAUCCUCACGAUGAGCUAUUUGAUAUAAAUUGUGAAACUUCAUCCCCUGAUGAAAACUAUAUAACUUACCGAAUUAAUAAUCACAGUAAUAUAUUAUUCCCUAAACCACCGAAGGUAGUAAUUGCUGAAUCAUUACAUAAAUUGAACGAACAAAAUCCUUGUUAUACGUACAUGAACGAAGAACUGGAAAUACACAAUGAAAGAAAAUAUAAAGCAGACAAACAUAUAGACUGCUGCCGGCCAAAAGGUCCGAAACAAAAGGUAGUAGAAAAACAUAUUACUGGAAGGGAUCACUGCAACUCAGAUAUAUUAUCAAAGAUUCAAAAAUUAGACAAAAACUUCUGUAAAAAAAAAGUACCCAAAAUAUCAGCAUAUGAAUUGUUUCAUAUAUUGUUCGUUCCAAACUAUAUAGAUUUUGGGAAAGUAGCCACGUUGACUUAUGGGGAAAGUGAGAUAACUAUCAAGAAUAAAACAAAGUAUGCCAUAACUGUAAAAAUGCUACCCGAUGAUUGUAUUUUAUACACUAUAAAUCGAUGUCCGGAGAUAGUGAUGAGAUUAAAACCAUAUAAUGAUGCUAAUCUAGUAGUUUUUUGUCAAGGUCUUACGACAGGAAUACAUAAAAGUACUGUUAAUUAUAUCAUUGAUGGUGUUUAUGCUGGUAAACAUCCAUACACUAUGGAAGUUGGAAAUCCUGUACUGACAAUACCAGACGAGUGCAUCAAGUUUGGCAUGGUAACAACAGAAAGUUUCAUAACCUCAGUUCCUGUGCGUAUAUAUAAUAAUUACAAUGUUGCGGUGAAUUUCCAAUGGGCAGAAAUACAUCCUGAUACUCCAUUUGAAAUAUUGCCAGUCACUGGCUGCGUACCAAGUAACAGCUGUAAGAUAUGUACUAUUACAUACGUGUCCAAACCAACCAAAACUAAAGUUCAUGAAGUUCAAUUGAUUUCUGAUAGCAUAACCACUGAAAAAAUUAUAUUAGAACUAAGUGUGGUGACACGAAAACUUUCUAUUAAAUUUUUGCAACAAGCUGUAAUGUUUAAAGAUAUCCCAUUAAACCUGGAAGUUGAAGAAAAAAUAAAACUAGAAAAUGCCUCGAGAGAAGUUGCUUUCUUUCACGUCAUUGAACCAUUAAUUCCUGGUGUAAGAAUAGAACCAAUGAGUGGUACAAUUCGACAAAAAACUAUACAGACUCUAAUUAUAAUAGUCAAAAUACCAUGUGUAAUGGAAUUUGCACUUGAUUUAGUUGUUAAAAUAAAUAAUAAAGAAAAUGUUACGUUGCCAGUAAGUGGAAACGUUAUUGAACCAAAAAUUAUGAUACACCCAAAGCUUCUUUACAUGUCUCGUAUACCUUGCUACUUGGUCACUUAUGUCCCAAUCACAUUUCAAAACUCUGGGCCAGUGAGAUCUGAAGUUCAAGUUUUGGAUACAGGUGAUGAUAACAUGUUUAAUAUUUAUGUUGCACAUGGAAAUGAAAAACAAAGAAUUACUGAAUUUAGCCUUGAAGCUGGACAUUCAAAAGUAGUUUACAUAAAAGUGUGUGAUAUAUUUCGUAGAGAAUAUGAGAUGUACAUUCCUUUUAAAGUUAACGGCUUAUUGGGACCUCCUAAUGACGAUACUUGGUCCACAGAGUUCCAUUAUUAUGUUGGCAAAUUUGAGCACCACUAUCAACAUAACCCAAAAUUAAAACUAAGGACCGUGAACAAAGAUAUUUGUUAUUGUCGUAUUGCUGGAGUAAUUACCCUACCAUGGGUAGAAUUUUCUACUCAAAAAUUUGAAAUUGAUUACGUUCCACAAGGAGCAAAUGCAAUGGAUUUUUCGAUAACAAAUAUUUCUAAACAUCUGUUAAAUGGGACGGUUAUAACCUCAAAAUUAGCACCUAUUUUCACUUUACAUGUGAUAGAGCAAGAAGACGAAUCUGUUGAGACGGAACAUUGCAUAAAAUUUAUCCUGAAUCCACAAAAAACAAUUCAAUUCACUUUAAAUUUCCACCCUAAAGCUCAUGGCAAAUUCAUAACAACAGCCUUAUUAUAUUUAGAUAAACAUAUGACUAUACCUUACUAUAAUUUGACAUUUACUGGUAAAAGAGAAAAUCCAAUAAUGAUACCCAGUACUUACAGAAUAAUAUUUCCGCCUUGUCACGUUGGAUCAGAAAUAUAUCAAAUAAUUACUAUUAAUUUGGCGGCAGAAUCUGAUUUAGAUGCAUUCAGAAGUUCUCUCGAUGACGAAACUAAUCUCAAAAUAACAUUCAUUGAUCACAACAUUGACGAAGACAAUGAAGAAAUCCAUACAACUGUUACGGUUAAAUUGGAAAUCAAAACCGAAACACCUUAUUUAGGCAAUUUUAUAGUUAAUUUUUACCAUGAUAGUGGGUCUUCUUGUGAAGUAGAAAUUAAUUUUUGUGUCACAUAUUGUAUAAUUACUUUACAUGCUGAUGAUCUCGUUAAACCAGAAGAUAAUCCAUAUCCCUAUUAUCCUUUGAGUGACCAGACCAAUCUUUACGAUUACCUCGAAAAGUGUUCUAUAUUUUUAGAGAAAUGGAUGUUCCAACAAGGAUUCCGUAGAGAUUUAUAUCCUACUAUUCCUGAUACAUUCCAUGCUCUUGCGUCUGCCAUGAUAAUUCAACCGGCAACCAAGACCAAAGGAAUUAAUUCUUCAUACUUGAAUUUUGUUAAAAGAAUUGCCGGGCCCCUUAUGAAGCAUGUUCGAAAGAUAGUAGCACAAUGUGAUGAGCCAUUUAAACAAGUUAAAGAAGUUCAUGACACAUAUAAAGAAAUUAUCAACUUAUUAAAAUCACGUGGAGCUAAUUUGUGGGUGUUGCAAGCUAAGUACCUUCUGAGUCAUGAACAAUUUGUCAUUUAUUGUGAUAAUACCGAACCAAAGUCCCAUGCUGAUAUGCUGCUUACCCAACAAUUACUCUCAGAUGUAAACUUAUUCAACAGAUUAAAUAAACAAAGUUGGAUCGACUUCAUUUUACAAAGUUACAAAGUCUUCGUUAUGGACAGUUGCUUCUUUGAUUGUGUUUGUGUUACCACUAUACCAAGGGACAUAAUCGGAAUACUACUUGACUGGUAUAAUGAACAGAUUAUGUUAAAACAACAACUGCUUAUCGGGAAAAAUAAACCAAUUAAACAAAUUGUCAAUCUAACUACAGAUUUAUCCGAUGGAAUCGCUCUAGCGUCAGCGAUAACACAUUUUUGUCCAUUUUUGACUGAUAAUUUUUCAGCCUUUUGUGAAAUACACGAGGCCAGUAGAGAAGGCGAUAUUAUCAAUAACGCCUGCAUUAUUAUUGAGGCAAUCAACAUACUUAGACUUUAUUUUCCCCUAUCAACUGAAGACUUCUUUGAACCAAAUUUUAUACAGAUGUUGUUUUUAUCUAUACACCUGUUUGUCAUUUUACCUACAUUUAAAACAAAACAAGUCAUCCAUUUUCGCCCACCACUACUAAGAAGUUCGUCACGACAAGUUGCAAUAAGUCCAACCAGUCAAGAAUCACUUACAUUUAGCUUUAUAUUGCUAAACAACACUGGAAAUAACUUUUCCGUUGAAAAAUCUGCAGCAGACAAUGGAAAAAAAAUGUUCUUAACUGUUAAGUAUACUGCAAAUUUUGUGUCUGAUAAAAAUUGUAUCCUUUUAGUACAUGGUUACAAUAAGACACGAAUCUUCGAUACAUAUCUUGUGUUUAUGCUAUACGGUCAAGUUGGGUUAUUAACCCCAGUAAGAAAGUGCAAAGUCUCUGGACCCCUAUACCGACCAGUAAAAGUGGAUGUGUCGGCUUCUUCACCAUUUUUAGGUCCACAUUUAUUUCAGUUAUAUAUCACAGAUGUGGAACCAUCAAUUCCAGUUAAUUUUGAAGAAUCCUAUAAACCAAAAUUUUUUAUUCGUCGACUAAACCUAAUUGAAAAAGAAGUAACAUUGACCGGUUCACCAAAGGAGCAAGGGCUAGAAUUGGGUGAUCACAAGUUAUAUUUGCAAAUGGCAUGUCUCAGUGUCCAGGUAGGGAACACAUGGAUUUGGUUCUCAAGCGACGUGGGACAAUUUUUCAUAAAGGUAACAACGCAACCUCGCUGGGAUAUUCCUAUAGACAGCCUGCAAACUAAAGUGCACACGUGGCCGAUGGAUCCCUGCAGCUGCGGAGAGGCAUGCGAGUGUUAUAGAACUACCAUCGUAAUGAUACCUCAUCGUGUCGACCUCAUGCUAAAGGCUGUGCGGUAUGCAUUACUAGAGCAUGCCUCCAGCACUAUGAUUCAAAUCUUUGAUCGCUUGAUCGAUUCAGCGACUGGUAAAAUAGUUCUCACGAUGCUGUUGGAGGAGGGCGGAACUAACAUGAGUGACGUGAAUCAUAUUCUUCGAAGCAGCAGUACAUUCAGGAUCACAUCGCGGUCGCUGAUACCGCGCAUUGAACGCGUCACAAUGUAUCAUCACACGAAUGCCAUACUGGCGUUACCAGUUACUCUUCCAGCUAAAAAUAAGCCUGACAAAUACUCUAUUUCAUUAACUUCAGAUUGUGGCUUAGAUAUUCGCACAUAUAGAAUAUUCUUUGUCGAAUCCACUGAAUUUGAAUGCCCACGUGAAUGAAUUAAUAUGCACAACUUUUUACACCUACAACAACCGCACGUUGGCCAGAAACCUCAUAUUUAUGAUUAUUUAACGAAAAAACUUUUAACUAAAUACUUCUUUCGUAAAAUAGCUUCGAUUGAAUAACUUACUUAAGUGAGCACCACAGUGGAUAUAUCGAGAUAAAAUAUAAAUAUCUCAAUGACGAUUAGAAGCAUACAUAUCCCAAUAUUUCAUCCCGUUAACCUUUACACACACGUUCAAAAUACGUCCACAGAAUUCAAAAUAUUCGAAUGUCCAGUUGAUAGUACAGUGCAAACGAGUACAAAACGGCAAUUCAUUAAUAUCAAAACCAGUUAAAAUACUUUUUUUUCUAGUAAGCUUUAUAAUUGUCAUGGUAUGUUUGUAUGUAUGUAUAUAGGUACUUUUUGUUAUGACGUAGGUACCUAUAUUUUUAUUGCUGCCAGAAACCAGUAUCGAGUACGAGUAAAUUAGUCGUUAAAUGUUCGCACACCGUACCUUUUUACUUUACUUAAAAUUUUGAUACCUAUAUAUGUAACUAUUUCGUAGACUUAUAGCCCGAGAUAUUCAAUCAAGAUAAUACUUUAGUUGUUUGUUGUAUGUAGAAGUACAGGGUCCUGGGAAUUCAAAUAUUCUUAGUCUCAGAAAAAUAUCAACAAAUAGCUAGUACUUACUCAACCUGAAAUUAAUUUAACAUUUAUUAGCAACUCCCUAGUUGGUCAAGGACUAAUAUUACCAAUAUCACAAGCACAUAUUCUCAGAAUUAUUUUCUAAGUGUGGGAGAGAGAGUCAUGCUUCGGCACGAAUGGGCCGGCUCGACCGGAGU